AUGAUGGUCGUCUCCCAGCCCGUCCUGCCGCCAACAUACGAGCCCGACUACCCAUCCCCCGGCCCAUCUUGUGCGGCAGCAGCUGGCCCCGGGGCUGCAACAGCACCCUCCAACCCCCUCCCCUUUCCUGGCCUCCCAACAGCAUACACCACACGAACACCAUCAUCCCACUCUCCACACAUCCUCCAGCAGCGACCGACUCCCUCAAAGAUUGAUGCAGAGCUCGUCGUCAAGUCGGCCUUGCCCCCUACCCCAGACCCCUCGCCGCCCACAACCAAAGUGCUCUUCCCGGUCCAAAUGGUCGCCCUCGCGCCACCAGCAGGCGAGUCAUACGAGGACUCGUCGCGAUACUCGCUUGAUGAGGGCAGCGCAUCGCCGCCGUCCAGCAGCGACUCGCAUGGCUCGCACAGCACGAACCGGAGCGUCUCUCGCCCGUCCGUUACUGUCAACACUCGGGUGUCUAGGGGAUCCCACUCCGAAGUCCUCCGCUCACCUUCCCCACCAAAGGCCUCGGCUAUGCCCCGGUCAGAGACCCAGCCCAACCUCAACAACCUCAACAUCUUGAGCAGACAGUCGGCAGGGCGGGGUAAAGCGGUCGUACCGGUGGACAAGGACAAGGACUCGGAACGCAACGACAGCCGACAGAAGAAGGCGGCGCGAAGACAGACAGUGGCAGCACCAACGUCCGUCCGGAUGACCGAGUCGCGGAGCGCCGACUCGCGCGCGCGUCUGCGCUCCACUACUACUUCAGGUGGUGCCAAGCUGGCCCGUUAUCCGACGAUCGCCAACGAGUACCCCAGUGCUUCAGCCCAGGCGCGCGCUCGGAGUCGCCGCCAGACCGAUACGCCGCCCAGGAUUGUUCUUGGCCGCGCAUCAGCAGGCGACGCAGAGGACCUCGACUUUGGUGGUCCCGGCGGCCUCGAGGCAAAGCUCGUGCUGCUCGGCUCACAAGGUGUGGGCAAGACGUCGCUCAUCCUCCGCCUCACCACCGGAUCGUACUCGGCCAUCCCGGCACCAGCUUCUCUCGACGGAUCACUGUACAAGCGCAAGCUCGAGCACAAUGGCGUGCCCAUCAAGCUUCAGAUUUGGGACACGGCAGGACAGGAACGGUUCCGCUCCAUGGCGCCCAUCUACUACCGUGGAGCACAUGUGUGUAUCCUCGUGUACGACAUUUCCGACCGCAAGAGCUUUGAGGACGUGCGUUCAUGGCUCGACGAGCUUCACAUCAAGGGCUCCAAGGACGUGAUCAUUUACGUCGUCGGCGCCAAGACUGAUCUCGACGGCAAGCGCGUCGUCUCUUUUGCAGAGGCCCGCAGGACCAUUCGCAGCUGGCUCAGACCCCCGGCACCCGAGCCAGAGGCCGAGGUGCUCCUUUCCCCCGUUCCCCGAAGCUUGUUUCGGAGCACGUCCAGUCGCGCUCGUACAGAGUCGACAACUGGACCACCUCCUGUUCCCGGCCCGUCGCGGGCACGCCCCCACUCGAUGCACGGCCUGGCAUCACUCAUGGCGUCCUCGGCCGACUUUAGCCAGUUGGACACACCAACGCCAGUCGUCUCGCAGCCACCCAUCGUCACCUCACCGUCGCCCGCACCUACCGUCCACUUUCCCUCCAGCAUCGCAUUGUCCUCAAGCGCAGCUCCGUCCACCGCAUCCGCGUCGACAGUUACAUCUCCGACCACCGCGAACGGUGAACGAAGGCAGCGCACGCACCGUGUCUCGUUUCACGCGCCGGCACCUCCAUCGGAUCCCAUCUUUGGCACCACCGUCGAGACGGCCACCGCGUCCACUGGCGCACACACGCACCACCAUACCCGCUCCAACAGCCGCUUCUCCAUCUCUGGUGUCCUGGGCCUGUCACGGACGACCUCGGUGUCCGUUUCCGACGCCAUGUCCAACUUGACACACCUGGCCGAGGCCAACCCUGUCAGUCCCCGGUCGCCCACUGGCCCCACUGGCCGUGGAGCACUGUCGCCCCCUCGUAUCCGAACGGAGAGCUCGCCCAUGCUGAGCGCCGACUUGACCAAGCAGCGCAGCGAGGAGUGGUCCGGACGCGGCUGGGGCCGUGGCGAGGGGCCCGGCGCUGCCGAGGCCCUUGAGGAGUUUGGCGCCGUCAUUCGCCAAGCACCGUCAUCUCGCCCUGCAUCCCUGCCCCGUCGUGGACGCGCACGCGGUGGUUCUUUGGGACGCGACUCGCGCCUCUACAGCGACGACCCACGGCGCUCUGAGGACUCGGACGGCGAGGACGAGCCUAUCAAUGGAUGGGGCGUCGAGGUCGAGGGUGUACGCCUCGGUGAAGUCAGUUCCUUGACUGGCGAAGGUGUCGAAGCCAUGUGUCGCUCCAUUUCAGCGUGCCUCGUUGAACGCAAGGACAAGAUUGAACGCGAACGUACACUCCGCCACAAGAACAGCGUCAUGCUCACGGACCCGACUAAGGAUGCGUCCACUAGCAAGAGCAAGGGCCGCUUUGCUUGCUGUGUGUAG